CAAUAUUCUAAUGAUCGUAAUCAAUAAUGAACAGGUCCAAGCAAGAUAAACAUUUUAAGAAUAAUAUUUAAUAACAUGUGAUAAUGAUUUUCAUUGACUGACUGAUAACGAGUCGAAAAUGUAACUGAAAACAAGCCUCAUUGCCUCAUUUUCUAUUGAUUAAUUGCGCGCGCAGCACGUCUGACGUUUCUAUCUGAUACUCGAUGAAAUUCACUUGACCAGACACCCUGGAGUUAUUUUACUUGCUUUCUAUUAAAAAAUAUUAUAUUUAUCUUCAUUUAAAUUUCUAUAUGGUUUUAAUUUUUUUUUGUUUACUCGAGAUUUAAUUUGUGAUGAAAUUGAUAAUUGAAUUUGACAAAUCAUCGUUGUAAUUUGUACUUCUGAGAGUGACAGCCGGUUGGGAGGUCGGAGGUGAUUUCAAUUUCCAGGAGGACUGCGUGGUGGUCGACCUGACAGGGUUAUAGUUAGUGAUGGAAACGCUGGAUAGAUUACUAACAAUUCUGCCCAUCUAUGAAAGGAAGAUGUGGACGGUUUGCAUGCCAGGAUGGGUUUCAGUGGUGGCUGCUGGAGCGCUGAUAUUGUACGGAACCAUAGAUGUAGCUUACUUCGCUAGAAUGAUGUAUACUGUUGCCAAAGCAAGGUACUUCAAGAAGAAAGUUUGCAUACUGGACACCACGAAAGUUAAUUGUUGGUGUCUGCUCAACGAUGUAGAUACACUGUUAUACCAUAUGAAUAAUGCUCGGUAUCUCCGCGAGCUGGACUUCGCUCGGGCGGACUUCUACGAGCGUACGGGACUGUUCCUUAACAUUAAGGCGGCAGGGGGUGCUUUAGCGCAGGCCGCCUCCACCAUCCGGUACAGGCGGUACCUGAAACCGUUCACUAGAUUCACAAUUACUUCUAAGGUAAUAUACUGGGAUGAGAAGACGUUAUUCAUGGAACACGAGUUUAUCGGUCCCGGUGGAUUCGUGCACGCGGUGGCGGUGUGCCGGCAGAGGAUCAUAGACACGUCAGCUUCGGCUAUAGUGGAGUUGCUGUUGCAGCUGCAUUGCUCAGGCACUUGCCAUCCGCCGAUAGAGAAGAUGCCUCCAGAGUUGGAACUCUGGGUGCAAAGCAAUGAACUGAGUUCAGCCAAACUUCGGGGCGCGUCUGCCCCUAAACUCGCUCCAGAACCAAAACCCCUCGACUGCGGGGAGACGUUACCAACACCGGCGAGUGAAUGAAGUAACCUAACCCACUGCCAGAAUGAUAAUGUGAGGUACCGAUUGAAUUAAGGGCUAAGUUGACCAAUAUUGCUUGUAUUAUAAAUAAAUUUAUAUUGGCUCUACUCACGUUUGUCUUCGGUGUUGCCAGACUAAUUUUGGAUUCGAUAGUUUUUUUUUAUUUGUUUAUUAUGCUAAAUUAUAAUAGAAUCAUUCUAAGGUCCAAUUAAUGCAUUAACUCUAUGCGGUUUUCAUUAGGCGCUGCACGAUCACAUUCAUUUACUUACAGAUACAGUAAAUUUAAUAUAAUUUUAUGUAAUUUAAUAUAAUAUUAGUAAAUACAUGAGUAUAGGCGAUAUAAAUAGGCAUAAUUUAUUAUCAAUUACAAUAGUUAUUGUUUAAAGAUACAUACUUUUAUUAUUUCUUUUUAUUUCAUUAUUUAUUUAUUUAAUUCAGGUAAAUAGACAUUUUUUUACAUGUACAGGUAUGAUAUUGAAUAAAUUUAAAUAAAAUGUAAACUUUAAUCUAUAUUAUAAACUAUAUCUUUUUCACAUUUAAAGUAUGUAGUUUUAAAAUGAAAGUAUGGCAACACACAAAUUCAAUAUAUCUAUAAAUAAAAUUUGAAAACGUAGAUUUCAUUCAAUACAUAGAUAAAGUGUGGAAAUGAAUGAAAUGCAAUUUUGCAGAGUAUUUUACACAUUAAAUGAAAUUAAAUGUAUAUAUUAUUAUAUUAAUUAAUUUCAUCGUUCUUUGAAGAAUUUUCGAAUGAAGUCAAAAUAUUUGUCAGUAAGAACAAACAUAGUAAGUUCAUUAAAUUCUCGUUUUUACUUUAAUAUAAAUUAUAUAAGUCAUGUAUAAAAAUAACAGUUUUAAAAACUAUUUCAAGAAGUUUAAUAUAUAAAGCGUUACAUUACAAAAAAAAUUUAAAGUUAGUUAUGCAGAAAGCAGCCGUUUUUUGUAGACAACCCAGGUAAUGUUUAUUCCAUUUUUUUCAAUAAAAACACACAAAAAGUCGCAAAAUUCUCACUUCGCUAAAUAUCAUUUAUAGUAUUUAAAACUAUUCUUUUAUAUUUAUAUAAUUUAUUAAUUAUGUAUUAGCCCUUAAAGUGUGAGAUAUAUAAUGAUAAAUUGUGUCCGUUCUUGUAGUGAAGUGGUGAAAUUUUUCGAGUUCUAGUCUAGUGUAAAUGGACUUAUCAUAACAUAUGGUACUUUAUUAUUGUUCACGAUAAAGUUGAUAAUACUUAAAAUUAUUAUGUAUGCGUAAAAUUAUUAUAAACUAUAUUAAUGUGGAAAGAUAUUUACUGAGUUUAUAAACCAAGUGAUCGAAUUAUUGUGAGAGAUUUUAUGUGCAUUUAGUGCGCUGUAAGGGCACAAGAUGGAGUGACAAUUUGAAAGUAAUUACAAAAUAUUAUUCUAGAAAUAUAUUGUUAUUUAUAUUGUAUUACAGUAAAAUCCUUACUAAUAUUAUAGUUGUGAAUUUACUAAAUUAAUUGUGUUUGUUUUAAAAAAAUUGUUUGUUAUCAUUUGGUGCCUGAUUGACUCAACCAAUCAUAAUAAAAUUUAAUAUAUAAGUACUAUUUGGGAUGAAGAAGGAUAUAGGCUAUUAUUUAUUGCAGUCGCGCGUACGAAGUCGUGGACAAAAGCUAGUUAAUAUAUCAACAAAGAAGAAAUUAUAAGUACAGUAUAAUGUGAAUUAUUCUGUAAUUGGCUUUGAUUUAACAAACAAAGCUUUAGUAAUUUUAUGUAAAUAUCAUUAUUUUACUGAUUUUAUAGUUGUAUCUACUAGGAGUGAGUAAUAUUUAUAUAUUAUUUAUUGUUAUGAAUAUAUAUAUAUAUAUAUAUAUAUAUAUAUAUAUAUAUAUAUAUAUAUAUAUAUAUAUAUAUAUAUAUAUAUAUAUAUUGAUUACAAUAUCUAUAUAUUGGCCCAACAAUGAAUAUAUUAAGUAUCUGUUAUCAAAUAUAUAAUAUUGAAAUAUAAUGAAUAUGAAUAUCCGAUCAAUUUGUGCGGUAUUGAAAUUUUUUUAAUUAAGCGACUUUUUCCUCCAUUAAUGUCGAGAGGAACUCAAUGUAUAGAUAUUGGUUGGGUACAGAUAUUACCCAUGUCUAGUUACCUACUUAAUUAUAUAUAUUUAGUUUUUUCUAAUAGUUGAUAUAUUUUCUUGUAAUGCUAUUCUGUAAAGUAAAACUCGAAUACCACUAGUAGACAUGCGAAUAAUUUGCACGUGGUUUAAUGUCGAAAAAGAUCGAAUUUAUUUAUAUAUAAAUUGAUACUUCGACUUAUUCAACCAUCUAACUCACUUUAGUUUUCUGUAUUCAAUUAAUUUGUUAUUGGCGAAGUUUACAGAAUAUGAAAAUUAGAUGGAGUGAAAGUGAAAAUGAAGUGAGAUGUAAUUUACAGAACAGUAUUCACGAAAAUAUUGGUACCUUCCUAUUAUUUAAUAUUGGGUGUAUAUUGAAUGAAAAUUAAUGGAUUUGUAUGUGAUAAUUUAAUUUUGUUAAUAUGUAAUUGUAAUUAUAAACAUUUUUAAUCAAUGUGUGACAAAAUCCUUUUUUGUGAUAUACUUGUUGGGGUCAUGAUAUCAAAACUCGAUGUUGUUUUAUCAUUGAAAAUAUAAAAUAUUUUUAUUGUCAUUAGAGAAAAAAUUAAUUUAUAAUUAUCUGUGAAAUACUUUCGUAGUUUUACUAAUGUUAGUGAGAAAAUGAAAAUUCAUUCAUACCAUGCAACUUGGACCAUUCAAUAUCGGAGAUCAUAAUUAUGUUUUCUCAACUUUAGUUAAAAUUCACUAAUUUUUGUUAAUUUUUUCAAAUAAUCUUAAAUUAUUAGCUAGUAUAAGCUAGCGUGUAGGCAUGUUUAUAAUAUACAUGUAUUUCUUGUUGUUUUUAAAUUUUCGAUUUAUGAAAUUUCUGUCUUAAUUCAUUAUGUGGUAAUCUUAGAUUAUAUACUUGUAGAUAGAGCAUCAAGUACUACUACUUAUAAACAGUUUUAAGUAGGUAGGUAAAUGAUACACCUUAUUAAAUAGAUAGAGCGUCGAGUCUCAAAAAACGGGUAAACUUUUUGUCAGCUAAUUGUCAUAUUAGCUGAUUCGUUUUUUAUCAGUGUUCUAUAUACUUACGCACAUAAUGUAUCUUGAUGUAUCUAUAUUUAAUUAUUAAUUAAAUGAGUUUUUAGGCGUAAAAAAGAUGCAAAAAUUAUAAAACGUAAAUAUAGAAGUUAUAAAAAAAUCACUCAUAACUAUUUAUAUGAAAAAGUUGACCUGCUUUUCUCGAAGUAUUUGUAUGGAGACAUUCUAUCUAUAUAAUCUAAGGUGAUAUGGUUAUGUUCAUAGUUGUACGUAUGGCUAAUGUUUUCGAUAUCUGUCAUACAUGUAACUGUACAUGAAUGUAAUACUUUGAUAGAAAACAAAGGUUAAUAAUGAUGACUCCGGAGUUGAAUGUUUUGAGUCAUACUAUAUGUAUUUCUAUAUAUAUAAACAAAUUAACAAUUGUAGACUAUAUGAUAGUCUUUAAAAAAAUUUAAUGUAAAAUUUUUAUUUAUACUCACAAGGUAUACCUAUCUAGACUUAGUUUGACAUUUUGAUUACAAAUACAAAAUUGUCAAAAUAUAAAAAACUUUUAUACACUAAGUGUAAUUAAAGGUUACAAUAUAA